AUGGACAAGUCAUUGAACGUUUCGAAAACUAUUCCAAUGACUUCAAUAUUGAAUUUUGGAAGUAGGCGAAAGUGCACAACGGGGAGCAGAAUCGUCCGCAAGUAUCCUGUACUGGUUUUCAUACACGGCGAAUCGUACGAGUGGAAUUCCGGAAACCCUUACGACGGCCGAGUGUUGGCCAGCAACGCGGAAUUAGUCGUGGUCACCUUGAACUACAGGCUCGGCAUAUUGGGAUUUUUGAACGCCAACGGUUCUCCCAACUCGAGAGCCCGCGUGGCCAACUACGGCCUGAUGGACCAAAUAGCCGUGCUCCACUGGGUGCAGCAGAACAUUGCACUGUUCGGUGGAGAUCCGGAGAACGUUUCUCUGAUGGGUCACGGGCCCGGAGCCGCUUGCAUAAACUUCUUGAUGAUAUCGCCAACCGUGGUCCCAGGACUUUUCCGUCGGGCGAUACUGCUAUCGGGCUCGGCCCUGAGCAGCUGGGCCCUGGUCGAGGACCCCGUGUCGUACGCACUGGACCUGGCCAAGCAGGUGAACUGCACAACCGACGGGACCGGACACAACCCGGAACCGAUCGUGGACUGUCUGCGGGAAGUGCCCCUGGACCUGUUGAUGUCCGCCGGCGUCGCGUUGCCCACGUAUCUGAGUGCAUUCGGGCCCAGCGUCGACGGGGUGGUGGUCAAGAGCAACUACCAGGAGGACGUCAUCACCAACCUGCUGCCAGAGUUUGACGGGUACAGCGGGUCCAGCGUGGCUUUUGGAGCCCGAAAGUUUCAGAAGUUCGAGUUCGGCAGUGGCAUCAACAAGUACGACCUGCUGUUCGGCGUCGUCACGAGCGAGGCCCUCUGGCGAUUCAGCUCCAACGACAUACAGGCCGGCUUUGAAGGUGACCGCCGAGACAAGAUCCUGCGCACGUACGUCCGGAAUGCAUACAGCUAUCACCUGUCCGAGAUAUUCUUCACCAUCGUCAACGAGUACACGGACUGGGAACGGACAGUCCUGCACCCGAUCAACACCAGGGACGCGACGAUUGCGGCUCUGAGCGACGCCCAGUACGUGGCGCCUCUGGUGCACACUGGCGACAUGCUCAGCCAGCCGAAGACACCUGCCGCCGAUGACCUGAACAAGGAACGGAGGACCAAAUCGUUUUUCUACGUUUUCGACUAUCAGACCAGGGACGGCGACUAUCCUCAGAGAAUAGGUACUGCCCACGGAGAAGAGCUUCCAUAUAUGUUCGGCGCUCCAAUGGUAACUGAUGGCAUGAAUCAUUUUUCCAGAAAUUUCACAAAAGCAGAAGCUUUAUUGUCUGACGCUAUGAUACUCUACUUGGGAAACUUUGCAAGAACUGGGGAUCCAAACGAUCACGAUGAUAAGCCCGAUUCCGGGUCCAAAGAGCGGAACAGGUUUCGAAGCGUCACGUGGGAUGAAUAUGAUCCGGUGCACCAAAAGUAUUUAGAAAUAAGCAUGAAGCCCCGGAUGAAGAACCACUUCCGGGCGCACCAGCUGUCCGUGUGGCUGCGGCUCAUACCGGAACUGCACCGGGCCGGCAUGGAGGACGUGAUGCUGCGGCACAACCUGUUCCGGAACCACGACGACGCGGAACUGUACGAGGGAGUGGUGAGGCCGGACCCGCUGUCUAGGAGAGCGCCGCAAAGGGCCACGGUCAACCGAUUCACGGCCAACGGCACGGUGGCUGAGGUGGUGCAGUCGCUGACGACCACGGGUAGGCCGCAGUGGCCGGCGGCGGAAGCGACCACGUGCGUGCCACCGGCGCGCGGCUCGAGCGCGGCCAACGCGUCCACGUCAGCCGAGGACGCGCUGGCCACGCUGGGUGCGGCUGGCUACGCAGCCUAUUCGACAGCGUUGCACGUGACUAUCGCACUGGGAGUGUCGCUGCUGGUGCUCAACGGCCUACUGCUGGUGAUAAUAUGUUAUCAGAAGGACAGGUUUAAGUGUCUGCAACAUCACCAGCAGCACCAGCACCAGCAGACGGUUGGUGGCCAAGAGGAUUCGGUCAGGUAUAAGGCGGCCACCGUGCCGGACGACCGACUGCAGCAGUCGGCCGCUGUAGUGGUCGACAAAGCGGGCGGGUACGACGGGCGCCAUCACCACAUGCAGCACCAUCACCAUCAGCCGGCUCAGCAGAUGCAUCUGGCCGCGGACGCGGUGGCCGUGGACAUGGAACAGAGACAUCACCACCACCAUGGGACCGGCGGCCACCAUCAGCACCACCACAUGCAUCACCAUCACGUCCCGGCCCCCGCCGGGGGACAGCAUCCACCGCUGCCUCAGACGACAGCGACGAUGACGACGACGACGCAACAACAGCAGCUGUCGGCGGCAACAGCGGCGGUGCGCGUGGCCGCCGGACACGACAUGACGUUCCCGAAGGCGGCCAAACCAUCGUCCAGACUGCUGCAUGACCACCAGGUUGGUGGUGGGGCGGGCGGUGGGGGUGGCUGUCCGCCCAAUGGAUCGCUGGUGCACGGCACGCUUCCCAAACCGCCUCCACCGCCCAGAUCCUCAGUGGGUGUGCAGUCGCAGGAGUCGCAGCCUCUGCUCGUUCAGCAGGGCGUGGGCAUCGGGCAGAUGCCCAAAACUGGUACGCUCAAGAUGCCCGUGGCCGCCAUGAGUGAAAUGAGGGUCUGA